AUGGGUAUGCAGGGACCCCUAACGGCCCAGGCCCUGGGACGGUCUCCUUAUGAUGAGGUUGUAGAAGGUGAAGGCGAGAAUGAUUCUAGUCAGCCCGCGCAACAGUAUGACCAUCGCGGUCGCCCUAUUAAUGUAGAUACCAAGCGGAUAAACCGAGAUAUCAUCAGGGCUCAUAACGAGGUCAUGCUGGUGAUUGGUGUCGCUGAGCCUGAGAAUCCCUAUUCUGGUCCCGAGGCAGAAUCACAACGUCGACAUGACGCCUAUGAAGAAUCGAUAGGACUGAAACUUGCUACGCCAGCUCGACGGUGUGUUGAGUCGGUGGGUAUUUUUGGCGUCCACGGCCUUCGUCAGCGAAUUUUGAUUUAUAGAAGAUAUUCUCAUAUCCCAUUUUGGGAAUUAUUUCAACAAGCAAGAGGCAACUUCUCAUUCACAAGAGACGUUCUCGCUGGGGCUCCCACCGCCUUCCUUACGGAUUACAUCGAAAGGUCGGUGUCCUACUUAUGGCUCAAUGACAAGGAAAGGAGGAUACCUCGUCAAAGAAGUGUACAUGAAGUUUGGUCCUACUUCAGAGUUCAUCUCGAGUUGCACAUUGCCAUGCAACGCUUGGGAAUCUUGCCGAACGGGCUGUGGCUCCCUCACCCCAGCUUCUUCAUCCCCUUUACAAAGACAUCGCCAAUACCUGCACCACCACCACCUAGUGACUAUAGCCUACCGUCUAUAUUACAAUGGGUUGGCAGCGCAUUAAUCUCAGCGACUCCAUUUCUUGUAUGGGUCAUGUCACAGAGGAUGGUGCGAGACUGGAAGCCUCAGAUAUGGUCGCAGAUAUUCAAGCGACUUCCGAAUACUAUGUUCCAAGGCAAGAAGAUUCCUCCACCUCCACCUCUUCCGCCUCCGCCUCCACCACCACCUCCUCAUCCUGCUGAAGCCUCGUCACUGGCUGAUCCGCAACAUACCGUAUCCGAAGCAGAAGGGGAUCGAAGGCAGACCGAGACCCAUGAUGAAGGCACAGCAGAGCCAACUAGAGGUUCGGCCACAGGCAGUCACCCCGAACAACCGCAACUGUCGCGCCGGGCAAGCGUGUUCUCGACUAGGGGUGACGAAUACCCUAGCGAUGACGAGGACAACGAAGGAGUUAGUGCUACCUUGAUUAGUUUUGACGUGGAAGCAUCAGAGUCUCAAGACGCACCACCUGGCCUUUGGUCAGCAGAGUUACGACCCAGCGCAGGCCCUGAUUCUCGGUCAGAUGGGAAUCAACAACCGGUGUAUUUGGACACGUUGCUCACUCAAAUGCCAGCAGUCAUCGCAACUCAUAUGCUUUCGGAUGCCGUGACAAGAGUUUUGAUGGCACCUUACGAGGCUACGGCUCUCCGCCUUGUUGCCCGUGCGUUCCGUGUUCGACAAGGUUUGCCGUGCUGGGAUAUAUACAACGCAAAUAUGCUUAGCGAACUGACGAGUACCGCGUUGGUGAACUUCUUGGGCACUGAGCUUUUACACAUCAACCUUGCGAGCGAGGUGUGGGCGAUUUUUACGUGCAUCUCGCAAUGGUUCCACAUGACUGAGGACGAUUGGAAAGCUGAAGAUGCCAAGCCAUAA